UCAGGGUCUCUUCUCCGGCGCCCCCUCGGGGGGCGGCGGCGGCGGCUGAAAGAGCGGCCGGUAGAUGUAGACGCCGCUGGCCACGCCGAGCGCCACGGCGAGCGCCACGUGCGGCAGCCGCAGCCGCCCGGGCAUGGCGGCAGGGGAGCUGUCCGGGGCUGAGGGAGGCUCGGCAGAGCACCAGCCGGAAGCGGCCGCUGCGCCGGACGCGGCCGGAAGGAAGCCCGGCGGCGGGGCCCCUCUAACGGCGGGCGCCCCCUUCCGGUCGGUCCUUCUUCCGGUCGGCGCCCCCUUCCGGUGGGCGUCCGCUAUGCUGUCGCGGCGGCGGCGGGCGGCGCCUGAGGGAGCCCCCGUGGCGGGGGGCGGCGGGCAGCGGCGCGCCGGGGGCAGGCGCCGCCCCGAGGGGCGCAGGGCUUCUCCGCUGCUCGGGCCCAGUGUGGCGCUGCGGGCGCUCAACUGCCUGCUCGUGCGCACCAGCUUCGUGCCGGACGAGUACUGGCAGGCGCUGGAGGUGGCGCAUUCCAUGGCCUUCGGCUAUGGGUUCCUGACAUGGGAGUGGGUGCAGGGUUUACGGGGCUAUUCCUACCCGCUGCUCUUCGCCAGUAUCUACAAAGCGCUGCAGCUGCUGGGCAAGGAUGACGUGCAGCUGCUGAUCUGGGUCCCUAGAUUUGCGCAGGCGGUGCUGGCAGCAUUUGCUGAUGUGAAGCUUUACUCAUUAGUGCUACACCUUGAAAACGCAGAAACGGCAAAAUGUGUGUAUUUCUGUCAGCUGUGUUCCUGGUUUACGUGGUAUUCCUGUACCAGAACUCUAACGAACACCAUGGAAACCAUCCUUACCAUUUUUGCUCUUUCCUACUACCCAAUAAAAGGUUCCAAGUUGGGGAGCAGUUGCAGAUAUUUAGCUCUGAUAGCACUUGCAAUUGUUAUUCGUCCCACUGCCAUCAUCCCAUGGAUACCUUUGGUCUUGAGUCAUUUUUUGCAAGAACAGAGGAAAGCAGACCUUAUCCUACAUAAGUGCAUUCCAAUUGGAUUGGUCACAAUAGGAACCUCUUUAAUAGUUGACCGUGUGUUUUUUGGUGAGUGGGUACUGGUUCAGCUGAACUUCUUGAAAUUCAACGUGCUGCAGAAUUUGGGAACGUUUUAUGGAUCUCAUCCUUGGCAUUGGUACCUCACUCAGGGACUGCCAGUCAUCUUGGGGACCCAUCUGCCUUUCUUCAUUCAUGGCAGUGUGCUGGCACCAAAAAAGUAUCGCAUCUUUCUAGUGGCAGUGAUUUGGACAGUGCUGGUAUACAGCACACUGAGCCAUAAAGAAUUCCGGUUCAUCUAUCCAGUACUGCCAUUCUGCAUGGUUUUUUGUGGAUUUUCUUUGAAACACCUGAAAGCAUGGAAGAAAUCUGUAGGAAGCUUCCUGCUUUUAUCCAACUUAGUUCCAGCGCUGUACACAGGCUUGAUUCACCAGCGGGGCUCUCUUGAUGUCAUGAGCCACCUACAGCAACUCUGCAAUAGCUCUUACCAGUCCCAGGCUUCUGUCUUCAUCCUGAUGCCGUGCCACUCUACUCCAUUUUACAGUCAUGUUCACUGUCCUCUAAAAAUGAGAUUCCUUCAGUGUCCCCCAGACCUAACUGGAAAUAAGAGCUAUAUUGAUGAAGCGGAUGUGUUUUACUCUAAUCCCCUUGGAUGGCUUAAUGAGGAGUUUUACGAUGACACAUUAUUACCCAGUCACUUUAUCUUCUUCAGCGUGCUAGAACAGGAAAUAUCAUCAUUUCUAGCUUUAAGGGGCUAUGAGAAAACAGCCACCAUCUUUCACACUCACGUACCUGAAGGACGAGUUGGAAGCCACAUUUACAUCUACAGGAAAAAAAUUGAAAUGAGCCAUACCUGAAGAUAAGUUUCUAGACUCAAGACCUAAUGAGAUGAGUUUUGCAUAGCAGUACUGUGCUUACAAGAUCUGCAGAAAGGAGAAGCUAGAGAGACUGAAACUGGAUACGCAAGACGUUUCAAGUGCUUACAUCAAGCUGAUUAGAAUGCAGCACAGCAAAUUCUUCACAAUUCAACAGGCUCUUGACGCCCCCGCAAAGACGAGAAGCAAUAUAAGGUUACGAAACACUAACAAAUACA